GUUUGUUGUGAUUCGAACAACGUGAUAUAUCUUUCGGCUUUUCGCAAUCAGGAAAUAUAGGAAGACAACAUGAAAGUUACAAAACAUAAGAAAAUUCGAAAGUAUAUGAGUUUCUACAUGAACAACUUUGGAUUUCGUGAACCACUGCUCAUACUGAUCGAUGGAAGUUUCUGCUAUGCUGCUUACAAGAUUCAUCUCCAAAUCGAAGAACAGCUCAAAAAGUAUUUCCAGUCUGAGAUGAAACUAAUCGUCACGGCAUGCAUCAUUACGGAAACGGAUAAUCUGGGGUCGAAAUUUAUUGGCACCACCCAGCUGCUUAAGCGAUUUCUGGUACACAAGUGUGGCCACGAAAAGCGUCCCAUCAGUGGUUCAGCGUGCAUCAAGGCGAUGACAAAAACGUCCCACUACAUCGUCGCCACGCAGGACCGAGUGCUACAGGAAUGGAUCCGGUCGAAGCCUGGCAUCCCACUGUUCUACCUGCACAACAGUUCCGUGCCCACGUUGGCGCAACCGUCGGAAGCACACCGUAACGCAGCUACGAAAUUGCAGAAGGGUAGGAUGGAGGUACGUUCGUUGGACCAGAGCACACUUACCACCCUGAAGGAGAAGGAAGGUAUCGCUCUACCAGAUGGAACCGUCAAGAAGAAGAAGAAAAAACCAAAAAAUCCAAAUCCCCUGUCGUGCAAAAAGCCGAAACGAAAGACGCAAGAAUCGAAUGGGAAUCCGAAACCGCCCGCUAAUCCAUUGGGGGUUACGGAUGGUGGUGUGGUGAAGAAAAAGAGUAGGAAACGCAUCAAACUACCGAAACACGUUGUGGAACAUUUGAAAGUAGCGAAUGGACACCAACAGAAAUCAAAUGUAAGCUAACAUGUUAUU